UUUUUUUUUGUCGUUCACUUUCACAGCCGGGGUAGCCUGUUGUUUGACAGCUCCAACAGACUUCUUAGCUUCGCGUUCCCGGCUGUGUACCUGCUUUUGAGUCGUUUCAUCCAGCUGAAAACGUAGUUAUAUCUGUUCUCGGGUAAAACCCGGUACCAACUCAGUUCGCGCGUUUUAUCAAGAAGCUUUAGUUCGCUAGCUAAAUAGCAUUGCUAGCGACAUCGGGCUAGCAUCGGGGAGCCUCCCAACAGCUGGAGGCUGGAGGAGCCACAUCGCCACCGUCUCAUUUCAUUUCACUUCUGUGGUUUAUUCAUAGCUUCCUUGUAUUUCCACAUCUGGGUAGAUGUGUGUUUUCUUUAGCUAGUUGGCUAUUUUGGUAGUUUUUUUUUCGCUAUUCUUCCAAUUGGAGUCCCUUCUUUCUUCCUUCCUCUUUUGUUUACAUGGAGACACUUGAUCGGAAGUGCUUUGUUUUCAUGCAGUGUUCCUAUUAGUUUCGGACAACAAAGCUGGAGGGGGGAAAAAAAUGGAGAUUUUGAGGUAGCUAAAACCGAGGUAUUUCUCAACCAGAGCGAGAGAGGAUGAGCUGGGGUCUGACAGAGGACAGCUGUGCCACAGCUGGACUGUUUGAUUAGCGUGGGUGUUGGAUAAGAGAGGAGUUUGUUUGUUCCUAUUAAAGCUGAGCCUUAUGGGAGAAGCUAUGAGGAGACUUGGCGGUAAACCCUGGAGGAAGCUGGGCUUCUCUUUCGCCGCUGAGAUGCUGACGAAGACGCUUCUGAUCGCUGGUCUUCUUAGCUGGGUGGAUUGUUUAGAGAACCAGAGCAUGAGCCCAGAGGAGAAGACCAACAUCAGAAACCAAAUUCUUGAAAUGUUCGACCAUGCCUAUGGAAGUUACAUGAAAUACGCCUAUCCAGCAGACGAGCUGAUGCCUCUCAGCUGCAAAGGGAGAGUGCGCGGAGAAGAACCCAACAGAGGGGACAUCGACGACUCCUUGGGGAAGUUCUCCCUCACGCUGAUCGACACCCUAGAUACUUUAGUGGUGUUGAACAAGCUGGACGAGUUCGAGGACGCGGUGAAGAAGGCCGUGAGCGACGUGCGCCUGGACAACGACGUGGUGGUGUCCGUGUUCGAGACCAACAUCAGAGUUUUGGGCGGCCUUUUGGGGGGACAUGUGAUGGCCGACCUGCUGAGGCAGCGCGGGGAGAGGAUGCAGUGGUAUCGCGGCGAGCUCCUCCAGAUGGCCGUAGAGUUGGGCCAUCGGCUGCUUCCUGCCUUCAACACCACUAGUGGCCUUCCCUACCCUAAGGUGAAUCUGCGGUACGGCACCUUGAACCCACUCUCACGCACCGGCACUGAAUCUGACACAUGUACAGCCUGCGCAGGGACGAUGAUCCUGGAGUUUGCUGCUCUCAGCAGACUGUCGGGAGAGUCUGUGUUCGAGGAGCAUGCCAGGAAGGCCCUGGAUGUCCUCUGGGACAGGAGACAAAGAGGAAGUGACCUGGUGGGAACUGUGAUCAACAUCCACAACGGAGAAUGGGUCAGGAAAGACAGUGGAGUCGGCGCAGGGAUCGACUCGUACUACGAGUAUCUGAUGAAGGCCUACAUUCUUUUAGGAGACGAUACAUUUCUACAGAGGUUCAACGUUCACUACACCGCCAUUAUGAAGUACAUCAGCCAGCCUCCUCUUCUGCUCAACGUACACAUGCACAAUCCCACCGUGAGCGUUCGCAGCUGGAUGGAUUCUCUGCUCGCUUUCUUCCCUGGAUUACAGGUUUUAACAGGAGAUCUGAAACCAGCCAUAGAAACUCAUGAGAUGCUAUACCAAGUCACAAAGCAGCACAAGUUCCUUCCAGAGGCUUUUACCACGGAGUUCCGAGUUCAUUGGGGCCAACACCUCCUGAGACCAGAGUUUGCAGAAAGCACCUACUACCUCUAUAAGGCCACUGGUGACCCUUACUACCUCAGAGUGGGACAAUCCAUAGUGGAGAAGCUCAAUGCCUUUGCCAGGGUGCCUUGUGGUUUUGCUGCUGUGCAGGACGUCCGGACUGGGACACAUGAGGACAGGAUGGACUCGUUCUUUCUGGCAGAGAUGUUCAAAUACCUCUAUCUGCUGUUUUCGGACAAGAGCCAGCUGCCAAUUGACAUAGACGACUACAUCUUCACCACAGAGGCUCACUUACUGCCCGUCUCUCUCUCCACGACUCAAGCAGCCGUUCAGACCAACGUCACGGAGGAUGCUGCUGUUGCUCAUGAUGAGGACCUAUUUACACACUCCUGCCCCAGCACAGAGACAUUGUUCCCCAACAACCCAUCGUUUGCCAAAUCCAUACGGGACGGCUACAAGUACCUGACCGGGGUGGGCCGAGCCUUCACCCCUCUACCUAUCAGGGAAAUUGAACUACCGCUCCACGAUAACGUCAUGGAGCCGGUGGAGUUCUUAAAGAGCAUGGGCAUCUCCCUCACCCCUCUGAGUGACAUUACCCGAGGAGACAGCGGUGGUCUGAAGCAUAAGGGAGUGUUUCGUGUAAAGCUCGUGGCAGAGGUGAGCCAGACUGCAGAGGAGGAGCUGGUGGUGCCGCACGUCGUUCAGCUCAUUUCCCCUCCGUUCCUGGGCAGGACGGCUCUCACCGCGGGACCGGCCAAGUUUGGGAUGGACCUCACCAAGCAGGAGCACGGGGUGAAAGGAACCAUAGUGAAAGCUGACCCCUACACCGCAUGUGGACCAAUAGAAAAUGCAGCAGAGAUCAAAGGCCGCAUUGCGCUGGCAUUACGGGGCGACUGCAUGUUCGCAGCCAAGGCCCGUUGGCUUCAACAAGCAGGAGCGAGUGGAGCGAUCUUUAUAGAUAACCGCGAAGACAGCAACAGCGAGGAGACCCCCCUGUUCCAGAUGAUCGGAGACGGCGACUCCACCGAAGACAUCGCCUUGCCUUUGGUGUUUCUGUUCAGCCGCGAGGGCGCCGUGCUCACAGCCGCCCUGGAGCAGCAUCGCAACGUGGACGUGCUGCUGCUGCCCAAGGAGAGGCAGUUGGGACAGGAUAAGUCAGAAAAACCUGUCAGCAUGAACAUAAAACUCCGUCUCAGAGAGGAGGGCGAGCCGGAGGAAGGAGCAGCUCGAGGACCCAGCCUGGAGUUGGUUUUGGAGAACGACGAG